UGAGACGAAAUGGAACAGUGGAACGUAUUGCUGGUAUGAGUUUAUUCGACGGCGGCGCCAUUGUGCUGUUGCAGUUUGGUUCCAUUUUGUGUGCUAUCUGCCUGAGCGGACGCUGGAUUAGUGUCAACCGAUCCCCGAUAAUAGCGAAUCUAUGGGAAUCGCUAGUAAGCGGGAUGUUUCGGGAUGAAAGAAGGUCUGAUUUCUGGCAAUCUAGAUGUCUAACUAUCUACUUAUAAUCAACGAAAUGAAAACUCUGUAAA